CAUCGCGAGUUCAGAUCGACGUACCAAACUUCCCCAAACCGGUUCCGGCCUCCUCUCCCCAAGCUCGAAAACACUCGCACUCUUCGCAUGGCGCCGCCGCUCGCCGCCGCCAUCCGCCGCCCUCACCUCUCCCACCUCCGCCGCCUCCUGUCGUCCCACCACCUACGCCCCUCCACCUCUCACUCCCCCUCGGACCAAAGCGACUUCGAGCCGGAUCCCGACCACCCCCUCCCUCUGCCCCCCGUCACCGACGAGGACGGCGAGCUCGCCUCCUUCGUCCACCGCAUCUCCAGCGCGGCCACCUCCGCUUCCUCCCUUAAGGACGCGCUCUCUCUGCUCCUGUCCUCGUCCUCCAUCACGGGCCCAUCGCCGGCCCCAGCAUCCCCCGCCCUCCUCGUCCGCGCGCUCUGGGAGCUGCGCCGCGACCCGGACGCCGCCGCGCUCGCGGUUCGCUACGGAGACGAGAGCAGCGCCGUGGAUGGGGCCGAUGGGGCGGACGCGGGGCCGCAGCCGUUGCCGGCCGAGGCGUGGUGCCUGGCCGUCUGGGCCGCGGGGAAGGCGCGGCGGUUCGACCUCGCGUGGGCGGUCGUGCGGCGCAUGGGGCGCCGCGGGGUGCUUACUCGCCGCGCCAUGGUCAUCUUGAUGGAGAGGUAUGCAGCAGCCAAUGAAGUAAACAAAGCAAUCAAGACAUUUGAUGUGAUGGAGAAGUUUAAAGUUGAAGUAGAUCAAACUGCAUUUUACUCCCUUCUACGUGCUCUUUGCAAAAGCAAAAACAUGGAGGAUGCUGAGGAGUUGCUUCUUCUGAGAAAGAAAUUCUUCCCACUUACUGCAGAAGGAUUCAAUAUAAUUUUAGAUGGUUGGUGUAAUGUGAUCACUGAUGUGGCUGAAGCAAAGAGAGUUUGGAGAGAAAUGUCCAAUUACUGCAUUACUCCUGAUGGCAUAUCCUACACUCUCAUGGUCAGUUGUUUCUCAAAAGUAGGAAACCUUUUUGAUACCUUGAGGCUUUAUGAUGAAAUGAAAAAAAGGGGCUGGACUCCUGGUAGUAGUGUUUACAAUUCACUUGUCUAUGUUCUGACACGAGAGAAUUGCAUGAAGGACGCACACAAUAUAUUCAGCAAACUUAUAGAUGAAGGCCUCCAACCGGAUGUUGAAACAUACAACAAUAUGAUAAUUCCACUUUGUGAAAGGUGUAAGCUUGACGAUGCACGAAUAGUGAUGGAAAGCAUGAUACUUAAGGGCAUUGUUCCAACCAUUUCGACGUACCAUGCAUUUUUGAAGCAAGAAGGCAUUGAUGAAUCACUGAAACUCUUGCGAAAAAUGAAGGAAGAUGGUUGUGGCCCUAACAGUGAUACAUUUCUCAUGCUUAUGGAUAAAUUUUUUGUACUGAAUGAGUCUGGAAAUGUUCUAAGAGUGUGGAAUGAAAUGAGAAAAUAUGACAUAAGCCCUGCUCGUUCACACUAUAUGACAUUGGUCCAAGGUUUAGUAGAGCAUGGAUGUAUACCAAGAGCAUUAGAGUACUAUGAUGAAAUGAAGGAAAAGGGUUUUGCUUCUGAUUCACAACUUGAAAAGGAAUUCAAAACCUUUCUGUUGGCCAACAGAGACCACUGGAGGGGAGCAGGCAAAUACAAUAUCAUCCCCCAACGGGGCAAACAUUUUACAAGGCGGUCCAGAACGCAAUAACAAAUGUGGUUCAAUUGAAUUUGCUUCUACUAUAUUUUCUUAUAUGGAGGCACUUAUUCGACAAAGUUGAAUUUGGACCACAGAGUGAGCAUCAAUUCAUCAGAUGUAUCAAAUACAAUCUUGAUAAAGAAUUGUUUCACCUUUGAAUCAAAAUUUGCCAAUGUGGUUGUAUCCGAGCAGGUGAUGUCCUCAUCACCAUUAGAUCGCAAAGGAUGGAUGAUCCACAAGAAUUAGCGGAUUAUACCCUUUUGACCGAGAAAAAACAUCAAGAGCUUUUUGUUUAGUGCAAGCUAUACAUGAAUGGUGUACCAUUUAGUCUGCCAGUAAAGACAAGAUUCUGGACCACCUUACCGCUGGAAUGAGCUGUUAACACUAACUACCAAAUACAAAGAUCUAACUUCCCUCUCACAGCUUGCAUUCACGGUGUGAGAUGUCUCAUCUGGUGAGGAUGGUGAUAUUGUAGGUGGAGCCACUGUAUCUCUUUUCAACAGCAAAAGGCAGCUUAAAACGGGAAGUUGGAAGCUACGUUUGUGGCCCAAAAAAGUAGGGAGAUGGAAGUGUCCCCACCUCAACACCUGGCAAGAUUCCUAAGAAUGAGAGGGGUGAGAUAGAGCGCUUAAGGGACUCAUUAACAAGUAUGAAAGAGGAAAAAUACAGCAUAUAGAUUGGAGAAAGCUGUGAAGAAAGAGCGCAAGAGGACAGUGAAUUUGUAUUCUAGCCUGAUAGUCGAAUUUUACAGCUUUGACCACAGAGUUGUCUUCC